AUGAAUAUUCUCAAAGUGAUGAUGUUUGUAUUUGUGAUGAGUGUGGUGUUGCAGGUUGCUUAUGGACAACACCAUAUCAGAUGCAUUCCAAAGGAGAGAGAUGCACUCCUUCAAUUCAAGGCUGCCAUUGUCGAUCGUUACGGCAUGCUCUCCUCUUGGACCACUCCCCACUGCUGCCAAUGGGAGGGCAUUCGCUGCAACAACCUCACCGCCCAUAUUAUAAGCCUCGACCUUCAUGGAGANGUUCAUUAUGAAUAUUUUUCUCGUGGAAAUUAUGAAGUCUCUCGGCAGUAUUACAUCAGUGGAGAGAUCCACAAGUCAUUAAUGGAGUUGCCACAGUUACAGUAUUUGAACCUCAGUUUCAAUUAUUUUCUAGACACUAAUAUUCCAGAGUUUCUUGGCUCUCUUACCAACUUAAGAUAUCUUGAUCUCUCUUCAUCUUAUUUUAGCGGACAAAUUCCAUCUCAGAUAAGUUCUCUUUCUCAUUUGAAAUAUUUGAAUCUUGCUGAUAAUUAUUAUUUUGAUGGUUCAAUUCCUCUUCAACUUGGAAAUCUCUCUCGAUUGGAGUAUCUUGAUCUCAGGUACAAUUCUUUUGGUGGAUACAUUCCUUCCCAACUAGGAAACCUUUCAAAUUUGCAUACACUCUAUCUUGGAGGAUAUCAUAGUGCUCUCCAAAUUGUCACUAGUGAUCACUGGCUAUCUAAUCUUACUUCUUUAACCCAUCUUUACUUGUAUUCCAUAUCAAUUUUAAUAGUUCUCCUAGCUGCCUUCGAAGCAUUGCCAAGCUACCAAAACUAA